UUAUUUUUUAUGAAGAAAUCUUCAACAAGUGAAAUCAUUAAGAAUCAAAAAAAUUUAAUUGGACUUUCUUAAGGUGGUUGGUUGAGUCCUGUUUUGUAAUAAUAUCUGUGUUUACUGGCUGUCGAGGUGUAGUGCUUAGAGAAUGGCGAAUAAAAUCAUAUUCAGUGGACUCAUCGUCGCUCUGCUCCACGUGGCGAGCGCAGAGGAAGCUAACCCCGAGCCUUAUAUGAAUGAUGCUCCUUUAACAAUAUACGUGGAUGCCGGGAAGGAAAUAGACCAAUUUCUUAGCUUAGCGAAAUCAAUCGACGGAAAGCUAAGUGUUUUAGGGGAUACACUGGAAAGGAUGUCGGCGGCAAUCAAAGCAACGGAGGAACGGUGUACUCAAAAAGUAUCUGAAUUGGAAAGAAAAUUUGAAGAUUUAAUAAACCUGCAGACAAACAGUUCAGCAGUUGCCACUCGUCCCAAACGUCCCGCAGAGCUUGCUUGCGAGAAAACACAUGACUUACGAUCAGCUGGAAUACACAAUAAUACUAUACCUUACGAAAUUCACUUAGUUAUCGCUGAUGGAUAUAGGAUAAAUCAUGAUGGCGUUUUGAUCGAGAAACGUUUUUUAUUUAUAACUACAAGGCGCGGGUUAUUCUUACAUUCCAAUAUCAAAAAACUCGAAUUUUUGUUCUCUGAUAAGGUAGUAUCCAAGAAAAUAAAGAAAGUACAUCCAACACUUGAAUACGAUAGCCUUGAUGCUAUUGCUUUGAUUGAACUGGAUAGUGAUGUGCACUACAAUUUCUGGUUGUAUCCUACUUGUUUAUAUACUUCAGAAUUGAAUCCGAAAAGUGCUCUCAUGCAUGAUGGCAAAACACUGAAGAUUGCGGAGGAUUCUAAUUGCUACAGUCCGUAUUCUCAACAGCUGUCCCCUUUUGAAAUAUGUGUAAAUGGCGAUUGUGGUUUUAGUGACCUAGUAUUCCUUGUAGAGGAGGAAACAACACCUCAGCUGUUCGGAUAUGUAAAUUGCUAUGGCGAUGAUAAUUACUAUACGGUAGAUAAAAUGUCUCCUUACUUGGACCUUAUAGAGAACAUUGUCUGGCCAAACAAUGCAAAAUGAAUUUUGAAAGUAGACAAUAAAUUUUUAUGAUUUUACUGACCAUAUUUAUAAAUAUGUAAAUGAUAUGAGUUAUUGUUAUUGUGUUAAAAGUGGAUCACCAUGGCGUA